AUGUGGUAUGAUGGUGAUGAUGUUGGAUGUGGUGAUGAUGAUGGUGAUGAUGUUGGAUGUGGUGAUGAUGAUGGUGGUGAUGUUGGAUGUGGUGAUGAUGAUGAUUGUGAUGUUGGAUUUGGUGAUGAUGGUGGCAAUGGUGAUGAUGAUAGUGGUGAUGGUGUUGUUAGAGGUGAUGAUGAUGGUGGUGAUGGUGUUGUUGGAGGUGAUGAUGAUAGUGGUGAUGGUGACAUGGUGUUGUUGGAGGUGAUGAUGAUAGUGGUGGUGGUGAUGUUGAACAUGGUGAUGGUAGUGAUGAUGAUGAUGGUGAUUAUGUUGGAGGUGGUGAUUGUAAUGGUGCAAAUAGG